AUGAGCAACUUCUCUUUUCCUGAUUUUGACGACCUUCCAGUGGUCAAAGGCCAACCAAAAGGAUGCCUCUGGGGCUUUUUAGACGUUGAUGGACAGAAAGACCAGUUGGGAGCCCUGCGACUCCUCACCAAGGAAGUUGUACAAAAGGCGAAAGACGAGAUACAAACCGGGACACACGUGCAGCUCGACUGGCCCCUCCAUAACAUUGAGUUUCCAGGCUUCGGACGAAUCCCACUGCAGCAUACUGUCAAGGACCUCGCCGAGGAAGGAUUUGUCGCCUUUGACGAUGUUAUAUCUUUUAACACACAGACAAGUUCCCAGUGGGAUAGUUUAAAGCAUUUCGGGAGCCAGAAGACAGGAGUCUACUACAACGGCUGGACGCAUGGGCAGCUAAAGAGCUCAAAUAAUCUUGGUAUUCACAAGAUGUGCGAUAGAGGCGGCAUCGUGGGUAGAGGAAUUCUUGUAGACUGGCUGAGCUGGUGGGAGCAUGAGAAUCCAGGCAUCGAGCCGCCGUCCGCCAUCAGCUGUCACAAAAUCCCAGUCUCAGAGCUUGAAGCUACACUUGCCUACCAGGGGACGGAAACAAGACAGGGAAAUAUCCUCAUCGUGCGAAGCGGUUUCGUCAGAUGGCACAACAACGCCAAGGCCGAUAUUCGAGCUUUGGGCACCAAGACGCAGCAUUACAUAAUUGGACCAGAGAAUAGUGAAGAGACGGUUAGAUGGUUGUAUUCGAAGCACUUUGCGGCAGUGGCUGGCGAUAUCAUGGGCUUCGAGGCAUGGCCGUAUCCAGACAACUGCUGCUUACACGAAUGGUUGCUUGUCCAGUGGGGAACGCCGAUCGGCGAGCUUUGGGAUCUGAGGCUCUGGCUGAAGAGUGCAAGGCACGUAACAGGUGGUCGUUCUUCUUAG